CGUGGCCGAGCGGACCGAGCGCCUCGCUGCCCCGCAGAACCUCCUCAGCCCUGGUUCUAAGAUGAUAGGAUUGGGGAAUGGGCGUCGCAGCAUGAAGUCUCCGCCCCUUAUCCUGGCUGCCCUGGUGGCCUGUGUCAUUGUGCUUGGCUUCAACUACUGGAUCGCUAGCUCCAGAAGCGUGGAACUCCAGACACGCAUCGUCGAGCUGGAAGGCCGAGUCCGCAGGGCAGCCGCAGAGAGAGGUGCCGUAGAGCUGAAGAAGAAUGAGUUCCAGGGCGAGCUCCAGAAGCAACGAGAACAACUGGACAGGAUCCAAUCCAGUCACAGCUUCCAACUGGAGAACGUCAACAAGUUACACCAGGAUGAGAAGGCGAUUUUAGUGAGUAAUAUCACCACAGGCGAGAAGCUCAUUCGAGACCUGAAAGACCAGUUGAAGGAGCUUCAGAGGAGUUAUGGCAGGCUGCAGCAGGACAUCUUCCAGUUCCAGAAGAACCAGACCAGCCUGGAGAAGAAGUUCUCCUAUGACCUGAGCCAGUGUAUCAAUCAGAUGAAAGAGGUGAAGGAGCAGUGUGAAGAGCGGAUAGAAGAGGCCAUCAGAAAGCGAAAUGAAGCAUUAGUUUCCAGAGAUGUGGCCGAAACAAACGACCAACAUCAGCAGGCCCUCAAGCCUCAGCCCAAGCUUCAGGAAGUAGUCCCAUUAAAGGAACAGAAGCCACAAGAGCAAGAAGAUGUGCCCAGAAACAAGUCCCAGAUACCAGCCCCCGAUUCAGAGGGGCGGGGUUUGAAGCCACAGGUGCAGAAUGAGGAAACCAAUGAGAUUCAGGUUGUCAGCGAGGAGCGUGCUCUGCGACUGAUGAAAGCAUCCGUCCAGGGGCAGGCGGGUGUGAAUGGCACCCAUGUGGGAGCCAAGAAACUUGAUGAGAACGCACAGGCACCAUUGGCCCUGAUGGUCAGGCCUGAGGAGGAUUCUCAGUAUCCUGAGCGGGAGCAGCUUGUCAUCCAUGAUGGCCAGGAGCAGCAACACGCUGCUGAGGAAGGGGGAGGCCAGCAGAACCUAGGAGAGGAGUACAACCUGGAUGAAAACGAAGCAGAGUCUGAGAGGGAGAAGCAGGCAGCCCUUGCAGGGAGUGACAGAAAUAUAAAUGUUCUUAAUGCUGAAGCUCAGAAGAGAGACAUAAUACAUUUACCUGCUGGGAGUGAAAAGCAGAGUCUCAGCCUAAAUCAAGUGGGAGUCCAUAUUCCUCCACAAGCCUGAAGAGACAGCCUACGGAGAUUCACCCGUGACUCGACUGUGAAAUGUACCAAGUAAAACGAACAGUGGCCAAUGAUUAUUAUGGGGUGUAAUCAGUACCUUUUAGCAAAGAAAAAAAUGGGACUAUCUCAGACAGUCUCGGGUAGUUUUAAAGUGUCUACAAAAGAUGUCAAAAUUGGUCAAGCUUUCUUGAUGAACAGGUAUUUCUUGAGCAGGUCAACACCAAAAAGAGAAAUGAGGUUGUCCUGUGUGGGCAGCAGCAUCUCAUCAUCCUGCAGUGUAACAGUAGACUGAGGGCAGCUGCUGGCAACAAUGGCUCCCUUCUCAUGCUGUUGCUUGCCAGUAUCUGCCCACUGGUACUAAGCAGUCCAUCACUCCUGCACACACUUGAUUCCACCAUCAAUGGCCUAGAGCUCUUAUUGUCAGCCUCAACACAAAGCUGUUCUGUACAAACAAAUACAUUAAUUAAAAGAUAGCCACUGCACCUGGCUUACUUCAGCAUUUAGAAGGCUGAGGCAGGAAGACUGCUCCAAGUUCUGAGCCAGCUUAGAGCUACAUAGUGAGUUCCAGGCUAGGAUGAACAAGAAAGCAAGCCCCUGUCUCAAAUGUGAGUGAGAGUUGUUGUUUUUAAGACUAUUCUUUUGAUGUACAGAACACUAUUAAGUUACUCACAAUGUGAGCACCUAUGGUCUGGGCAAAGAGUUUAUUUCUAGUAAGUCACACAUCUCCCCCAGAAGGGCAGUGCCAGCAUCAGGCUCUGAACAAGGCUGCAUGGACAGUCAGGGCAAAGGCCUGGACACUUACGUCUACACAGGCCUAAGUCCAGGAAGGGCUGGCUGCUGGAGGACACCCAGGUUACAAGCUGGAUACCUACAAAGGCAAGAGCAACACAGGAGUUCUCUCCCCCUGUGGUUUAUAUACUGUUUGAAAAACACACAAGGUUCAUUUUAGCUAUGAAAGACUUGUAGUUCAUUGAUGAUAAUGUGGUAAUGCGUCGUAAGUUCUUGAUUCUGAUCAGUAACCAAUUGCAGAUUGACUGCAGUCACACUGAGGACUCCUUCCAGAAAUGAUCUCUCUGAAGAGUGGAACAGUACUCAGGGUUGGUGUGACUCGGAAGUGCUGGUUAAGUAGGAAGCAGCAGCACUAGAGGCAUAGAGCAGCACCUAGUGCCUGCCUUCUGUGGGGGGGUGAAGAUUCCUGCAGUGAAGUGGAUGCCCAGGUGGUGGAUCUGUCCGGUUCCCACUAUGCCUAUUUAUAAGCACACAUUUAAAUACCCGUGGCAGACGUGGGUUGCCUCACUGCAAAGCCAACUAGAUCUGGUGCUCACUGCACCCAGAUCUGACGUACAAGCCCUUGUUUAGAUGGAUACCGUCCAAUGUCACAAGUCAUUUUCCUUCACACUUACUAACUUGCCUGAGCCUCAGAUGUACUGUGUUCUUACCAUACACCUUUUCUACUCCUAGGUCCCAAGCUCAAGGGGACCUUGUACUUUCUAGGGCUUGUUUUCUAUCUUAAAUUGGUUUUGGAUAAAGUGUAGAUAUUGCUGACAAGUUGUGCUGAUUUCCUUUUUACAAGUAAAAUAGUUAAGGACCACACUCUGCCCUCUGGAUCCUAAAAUCCCAGGGUGCCUAAUAUCCAUGCUUGACAGUUGAGUCAGACCACCUCUGUACUGACAAGGAAGUAAGCAACAUCCUGUCUUCAUGAGCAUCUUCAUCAAGUUCAGUCAGGCAUGCUUCGCAGUGUUUCUAGGAAAUGGAAGGUGUCACAGGGUUGGGCUAGGCAUAGCUCUGUGAGAGCUUCUGCCUAGUAUGUGUGAGGCCCUGGGUUGCAUCCUCAGCCAAACAGUGUCACAUUAGAGUUAGGCCACUGAAAUCUUAGGAUCAUUUUUGCUGCAAGACAAAUGAACUACCACUAGUCUUAGACCAAACCACAAAGCCAGAUUGAAUUUCAGGGUAGCUCACUUUGCUAAAAGCACUGCCCCUUCCCAGUACAAAAGGGAAACCCCACAGGCUUAGACAGCUGUCACAGCACACCAGUGAAGAGACCAGCAGAGGAAUGAGCAGCAAAUCAAGGACUCCAAGCCUCUGGCUGGUGGAGCAAGAACGAAGCCUGCCCUUCAGUACACUUGGAACUUCAACAAAGGGCUGCACAAGUUCAGACAAGACCCACCCGCAGCCCAGCAACCUGCACUCCAGCCUGCUGACAGCAGCGCAGACACUGCGGUGUGGUGCAGCUCUCCUGUAACUGCAUGACUACAGACCCUUACAAAUCUGUGCCACAACAUAGUCGGUCCUCAUGUACUUUAGCAAUCCUCUUGCCUCACAAUCAAUUUGUAAUUUGACCAGAAUCUAAAUCCUUAAUAAAGCUCAUGGUCUGAAACUUCAA